AUGAGAAAACUGCGGCUGAGUUACCAGAAUUUAAGUUGUAGAGUUCCGGGGGGCUUAUAUCGUUUAAAGUAUUAUUUCAAACAACAAAAGGAAGAACUAUUCUUUCUUGCUGAGAAAAACAGUGAUCCUCAAAUAGACAUAGACUCUGGAUUUGUACAGUUGACACAAAAACUUCAAGAUUAUCUGUUACUGCAAUUGCUAUUACCCCAUGGAUGUCAAGCUGUAUUCUUUAGAAGAGUUGCUCAAGCUAAGACAGUUAAAGAAAGUAGUGUUAACGCUGGUAAAUCCAUCCAAAAACUAUUUAAGAAUCCGGAAAAAUCUCCUUUAGUGCAAACCUGGCGUAGGAAUCCUGUCCGUUUAGUUUCCUUUAGAAAUUUCUUCACAACUAAGAAGAUAUUUUCAUGAUGUCUUUCAGAGCAAAAAUGCGAAAAACUACUCCGAAAUAUUCACAAAAAUCCACCAAACAACAACACCUUGAUCGAUAUAAACAUCAAGCUUUCCAAGGCAAGAUAUCGGUGCCGUGACGGAUUCAAGUUGGUUGGUCAGAAAAUAAGGAGCUGUAAGAAGGGGAAAUGGAAGGAAAAGCAAGAACCUCGAUGUUUAGGUAUUACUUAAUAUAUUCCACUAGAAGGAGCAACAUUACUGACUCUUUUUGUCAUAUAGUCUAUGAGUCAAGACCCCAAAAUGGAUUUUCGUAGCACCCCGCUUGAUACUCCCUGGGUGUUAAAUUAAAGCUCAAGGACUGAAUUUUCUAAAUCCACUUGUUACCAGGACGAUACCUGGUGCAUAUCAUAAGGGAGAUAAGGCAAGGUAUUUAUGGGGGUAGUGUGUGGAUACAUUUCAUUUAGUAAAUACAAGUGAUGUAAAAAUUCUAAUAGAAAAGAGAAAUUACUCACUCAAAGUUGAUUAAAUUUUAUAAAAAUAUACUUUAAAUUGACGUUUUGUAAAAUUUCACACUUUCCAUGAUUCUGUGAUCAGCACUUUGCAUCCGUUGCUAUGAAAAACCUAAAUAAAUCUUAUUCCCACUAUUUUGUUUAUUAAAAUGCUAUUCUUUUGUUUACAACCCAUUUAUCACGAAAAAAUCACCCGUUUUUGUGUUUUCUCCUUGUAAUCGCAUGUAUUUGUUUGUACCACAAUGUAUUUCAAUCUUGGAAAUUGCGUUUGUAGUUUUUGUUUAAUAGUGUUUUUUUUUAUGGUGAUUGUAACCAUUAAAUAUGAUGUAUAUUCAUUAGAUGUUUUAAGUGUUAUUAUUGCUUUUACGGGGCCCCAGUGAAAAUCUCCUAUGUGGCAUGGGUUCCUUGCCUAAAAAGUGUUAUUAUUUUAAGGCGGUUUUCUCUUUUUAUUAUUUGUCUAAUAGGACGAGAGCCAAGACAACAUAAAUUAACAGUAGCUGAACUGAAAUUAUAUGUAAGAAGAGGCUCCUUUUCCGUUGUAUUUUUGUUCAUAACGGAAUGGGAAAACUCGAAGAAGGAGGCGUUGUUUGCUUGGGGGGAAGGGGGGGGGGGAAUUGGGGCGGGGGUUAAAGGGCCCGGGAUUUGAAUCCAAGGGGCCCGGGGUUUACCCCCCGCCCAGGUUUUACUAGGUUUUUUCCCCCGUUCUUUUCCCAAUUCUUCUUCUUGGCCCCCGUUUUAACCUGGGCUAAAUUUUUUUUUUUUCUUGUUCCUUUUUUUUUUUGUUUUGUUUUUUUUUUUUUUUUAUUUUAGAUUCGAAAUGAAGCGAGACAAAAAAAUUAAAAAAAUAAUUUGAUGAAUGUUAAGUUUGUUUAAUAUGGUUUUUUUUUUUUUUUUUUUUUUUUAUAAAAAAGGAAUAAAAAAGUGUGGGUGGGGGGGGGGUUGGUGGGGGGGGGGGGGGGGGGGGGGGGCAAUGUGGCCGAGCGUUAAGAGCACUGGACUUGCAAUCCAGAGGCCCCGAGUUUAACUCCCAGCACAGUGUUGACUAGAUUUGUUCCACGGUACUUUUCCCAAUUCAUCUUCUCGGCCACGCUUGUAAACUGAGUUAACUAUUUUUUUUUCCUGUCUCCUGUACGGCUUGCCUGCGGUUCACGUCGGCAAAUUAGACAGCGCCUACAGACAUUAGCAGCAAGUGAUUUGGUUUUCAUUGAAGAUUUUGUAAGCUGCAUUAGCGACGUUUUGAUAGGAAACCAAAACAAUAAUAAUAUAACACAAAAUUCUGGGCGAAAAUCCCAUCCAAAGACUCGACAUAUUUUUCCUUUCCCCAUCGCUCGACGCCAUUUGCUUACAUAAUUGCUAGGACUGUUUUAAAAAGGAUAGGGGGAACUAACGCCCUGGAGACAUUCACAAGGUAUCUUUAUUUUUAAAAUGUAUUCAUGAACAAAGCUUGCGUGUUUAUGUUCCUAAAUGUUCCUUUCAGGGCCGUGUGGGAGACCUGCAGACAUACCAAACGCGACGUUUGUCGGUAGAAAUUUCGGUUAUAAAGACAAGAUAAAAUACAAUUGUGAAAAAGGCUUCAAGUUGAGUGGCCCGAAAAGGAGGACGUGUCGCGGGAAUGGAAAAUGGUCCAGGCCUCCAACGUGUUCACGUAAGGAUUCUUUAAACAAUAUGCUAUAA